AUGUCAGAAGACCGUCCCAGUGCUCCCUAUAAUGUGCACGCUGAAACCAUGUCAAGUUCAGCCAUCCUUUUAGCUUGGGAGAGGCCACUUUAUAAUUCAGACAAAGUCAUCGCUUAUUCUGUGCACUACAUGAAAGCAGAAGGUUUAAAUAAUGAAGAGUAUCAAGUCGUCAUCGGAAAUGACACAACUCAUUAUAUUAUCGAUGACUUAGAACCUGCCAGCAAUUAUACGUUCUACAUUGUGGCAUAUAUGCCAAUGGGAGCCAGCCAGAUGUCUGACCACGUGACACAGAACACUUUAGAGGAUGUUCCCCUGAGACCUCCUGAAAUCAGUUUGACAAGUCGAAGUCCCACUGAUAUUCUCAUCUCCUGGCUGCCCAUCCCAGCCAAGUAUCGGAGGGGCCAAGUGGUGCUCUAUCAUCUGUCCUUCCGCCUAAGCACUGAGAGCUCCAUCCAAGUUCUGGAGCUCCCGGGGACCACGCAUGAGUACCUUUUGAAAGGCCUGAAACCUGAUAGUAUCUACCUAGUGCGGAUUACUGCUGCCACCAGAGUGGGGCUGGGAGAGUCAUCGGUAUGGACUUCACAUAGGACACCCAAAGCUACAAGUGUGCAAGCCCCUAAGUCUCCAGAGUUACAUUUGGAGCCUUUGAACUGCACCACCAUUUCUGUGAAGUGGCAGCAGGAUGCUGAGGACACGGCUGCCAUCCAGGGCUACAAGCUGUACUACAAAGAGGAAGGGCAGCAGGAGAACGGACCCAUCCUCUUAGACACCGGUGACCUUCUGUAUACACUCAGUGGCUUAGACCCCAGAAGAAAAUACCACGUGAGGCUGCUGGCUUACAACAGCAUAGAAGAUGGUUAUCAGGCAGACCAGACAGUCAGCACGCCAGGAUGUGUGUCUGUUCGUGAUCGCAUGGUUCCUCCUCCACCACCACCCCACCAUCUCUAUGCCAAGGCUAACACCUCAUCUUCCAUCUUCCUGCACUGGAGGAGGCCUGCAUUCACCACGGCACAAAUAAUUAACUACACCAUUCGCUGUAACCCUGUCGGCCUGCAGAAUGCUUCUUUGGUUCUGUACCUUCAAAC